AUGGAUUGGAAAACGCUGCAGGCGCUGCUCAGCGGGGUCAACAAGUACUCCACAGCCUUCAGCCGCAUCUGGCUCUCCAUGGUCUUUGUCUUCCGUGUGCUGGUUUAUGUGGUGGCAGCCGAGAAGGUCUGGGGCGACGAGCAGAAGGAUUUCGAUUGCAACACGCGGCAGCCGGGCUGCACCAACGUGUGUUAUGACCACUUCUUCCCCAUCUCCCACAUCCGCCUCUGGGCCCUGCAGCUCAUCUUUGUCACUUGUCCUUCCCUCCUGGUCAUCAUGCACGUGGCCUACAGGGAGGACCGCGAGAGGAAGAACCGGGAGAAGAAUGGAGAGAAUUGCCCCAAGCUCUACAGCAACACGGGCAAGAAGCACGGCGGGCUGUGGUGGACCUACCUGUUCAGCCUCAUCUUCAAGCUUAUCAUAGAGAUCCUGUUCCUCUACCUCCUCCACAAGAUGUGGGACAGCUUCGAUUUGCCACGGCUGGUCAAGUGUGCCAACGUGGAUCCCUGUCCCAACACCGUGGACUGCUACAUCGCCCGGCCAACCGAGAAAAGGGUCUUCACCUAUUUCAUGGUUGGAGCCUCCUCCAUCUGCAUCGUCCUCACCGUCUGUGAGAUCUUCUACCUCAUCUUCAAGCGAGCUGUCCAGAGGGCAAGGAAAUGGAGGAAAUCCACCAAGCGCUCCGUCAGCUACAGCAAGGCCUCCACCUGCCACUGUCACAUGAAGUCAGAGGAGAAGGACAACAAGUCCCAGCCCAGGUGUGUGGCAGCCCUAACUGCUGUCUGA